CAUGGCGACUAUAGAAGAAAUUGCACAUCAGAUUAUUGAACAACAAAUGGGAGAGAUUGUUACAGAGCAACAAAGUGGCCAGAAAAUCCAAAUCGUGACAGGACUUGAUCAUAAUACACAAGGCAAGCAGUUCAUUCUGACCAAUCACGAUGGCUCUACUCCAAGCAAAGUCAUACUGGCCAGGCAAGAUUCCACUCCAGGAAAAGUUUUUCUCACAACUCCAGAUGCAGCAGGAGUGAACCAGUUAUUUUUCACAACACCUGAUCUCUCUGCACAACACCUCCAACUCUUAACAGAUAAUUCUUCUCCAGAUCAAGGUCCAAAUAAGGUUUUUGAUCUUUGUGUAGUAUGUGGAGACAAAGCAUCAGGGCGUCAUUAUGGAGCAGUAACUUGUGAAGGUUGCAAAGGAUUCUUUAAAAGAAGCAUCCGAAAAAACUUAGUGUAUUCAUGUAGAGGAUCAAAAGACUGUAUUAUCAAUAAACACCAUCGAAACCGCUGUCAGUACUGCAGAUUACAGAGAUGUAUUGCAUUUGGAAUGAAACAAGACUCUGUUCAAUGUGAAAGAAAACCCAUUGAAGUAUCCAGAGAAAAAUCAUCGAAUUGUGCUGCAUCAACAGAAAAAAUCUAUAUUCGAAAAGACCUUCGAAGCCCACUAGCUGCAACUCCAACUUUUGUAACAGAUAGUGAUACAGCAAGGUCAGCAGGACUCUUAGAUUCGGGAAUGUUUGUGAACAUUCAUCAGUCUGGAGUAAAAACUGAGUCAACUAUGCUGAUGACACCAGAUAAGGUUGAAUCAUGUCAGGGAGAUUUGAGUACCUUGGCCAGUGUAGUUACAUCAUUAGCAAAUCUUGGAAAAACUAAAGAUCCUUCUCAAAAUAGUAAUGAAAUGCCUGUCAUUGAAAGCCUAAGCAAUGGUGAUACAUCUCUCUGUGAGUUCCCAGAAAUGCAAACAAAUGGUGAUGUUUCAAGGGCAUUUGACACUCUUGCAAAAGCACUGAAUCCUGGAGAGACCACACCCUGUCAGAGUUCAGAGGGCGUGGAAGGAAGUGUACACUUAAUUGCUGGAGAUGCAAGCAUAAAUUACAUCGAAAAGGAAGGGCCACUUCUCAGUGAUUCGCAUGUAGCUUUCAGGCUCACCAUGCCUUCUCCUAUGCCUGAGUACCUGAAUGUGCACUACAUUGGGGAGUCGGCCUCCAGAUUGCUGUUCUUAUCAAUGCACUGGGCACUUUCGAUUCCUUCUUUCCAAGCUCUAGGGCAAGAAAACAGCAUAUCAUUGGUGAAAGCUUAUUGGAAUGAGCUUUUUACUCUUGGUCUUGCUCAGUGCUGGCAAGUAAUGAAUGUGGCAACUAUAUUAGCAACAUUUGUCAAUUGUCUUCACAGUAGCCUUCAACAAGAUAAAAUGUCCACAGAAAAAAGAAAAUUAUUAAUGGAUCAUAUCUUCAAACUACAAGAGUUUUGUAACAGCAUGGUUAAACUCUGCAUUGAUGGAUAUGAAUAUGCCUACCUAAAGGCAAUAGUUCUCUUCAGUCCAGAUCAUCCAGGCCUAGAAAACAUGGAACAGAUUGAGAAAUUUCAGGAAAAGGCUUAUGUAGAAUUCCAAGAUUACAUAACCAAAACCUAUCCCGAUGACACCUACAGGUUAUCCAGAUUACUUCUCAGAUUGCCAGCUUUGAGAUUGAUGAAUGCUACAAUCACUGAAGAAUUAUUUUUCAAAGGUCUCAUUGGCAAUGUACGAAUUGACAGUGUCAUCCCACAUAUUUUAAAAAUGGAGCCUGCAGAUUAUAACUCUCAAAUAAUAGGUCAAGGCAUUUGAAAGCUGCGAACCUGUUUUAUCCCAAAACACAAGAAAACACCAAAUUCAAACGCAAACUUAAACACCAAAUGAACUCAUUUCUUCUAGAAUAUCUGGAAAUUUUCAUUUUAGGGAGUAACUAAAAUCCAAGAUA